AUGAGCCUGAUUCACCACGGCCUAGAUCUGUUCAAUUAUGAUCAGAAGGCCUGCUCCAACCAAGUUCUAAUCACUGCGAAGGACACCCCGUCCAACAUUGAGUAUGACGAGUAUGUCGUUUAUAAACGCCCGGAUGAGCCUGCGCCUGCGCCUGCGACUCUGCGCGAUCCUUGGACAGAUGAUGAUGAGCAUAUCACACAUCACUUUACCCGCGAUGAUACUUCCGGGACAGCUCUGUUUGAUCUAGCCUUUCGUCGUGGAUAUAUGCUUGAUCGUGAAGGUACCUUUCGAAAGCCUGAAGAUAGCGAAGCACCAUCUGCUGGCAUGGAAGGUCGAAUUCGCAGAGUAUUCUGGUCUAAGGACAGAUCGCAGUUGAGCAUCAUCCUCGCGUUCUCCGAGAUGCCAAAGACGCCCUGCGACUUUCUCUCCAUGACAUACAACGUCCGUGAGCGCUCGGCAACUAUCCUGGUUCGACAGUCAUGGGAGCCAAGACGGCACAAUCUCGACGACCUUGACGAAUACGAUCACCGUCUGGAGUCAUGCAGAACCCACUGGGCGCACCCUCUCAUCACGCCUGUGGUUCUUCUGCAAGUACAGUUCAUGCGAUGCGAGGAAGCGGUUAUCGAGAACAACUCAAAUGUGGCUCAUCUGGAAUACGAUGUCAGCAACAUUGCCGGUUUCGAUGCGUCAGAUACGGGGAGGCGGCUCAGUCGGACUUUCAGCAAUGGCAAGGACGGUGAGAGGAUUGCUUGGGGGCCUAUGACCAUGACCAAGCUCAUGAAGAGGGCGCAUGAGGUGCUCAAAGAUACCAUCAAACUCCUUGAUACCAUCCGCUGGAUGGAGCGUGCUAUUAAAGUCUUGAUCCUGGCUGGCGAUGAGCUCAAUGAGCGAGUGGGUAACUACUCCCACUUUGGUCAGGAUCUCAGUAUGUUGAGUCCCAUCGGUAUAGACCCCUCAGGAGGACCUCCCCCAGUGAGUCCGGUUCUGCCGCCUAGAGAACUACCCAAGCUUCAACUCCCUGAUGAAGUGACGGAUGGCGAUUCUCUGGGGCCUCAUUGGCAUGAAAUAAGGCAGUAUCUUGACGGAUUAUUGCGUCUCUGUAUGGGUCUCGAAACAGAUAGACGCAUGUCGGAGGCUAGAUGCCGUGCCCAAGUCGACAUGAUCUACAGUAAGAUGGCCCAAGAGGACAACAUACUCAACGCUCGAAUGGCCGUAGCCUCUUCCCGCGACAGCUCCUCCAUGAAAGCCCUAGCCGUCAUCACCGCCAUCUUCCUCCCCGGCGAAUUCAUCGGCACGCUCUUUGGCAUGUCCAUGUUCGACUGGCUGGGCCCAGAUGAGGAAGACAGCGACGACAAGACAGGCCCCAUGGACGAAACGGUCAAGGUGAACCGCUUCGGCGAGAACUUCUGGUACUACUGGGCCACAGCCAUCCCGCUGACGCUCCUGAUCCUGUUCGCCUGGCGGGCCUGGUGGGUUACGCAGGACCGCUAUUUCCGACGCCAUCUCUCGCAGGAGCUCAGCGAGGAGCGGUACUGGACUGCUGAUGGGAAGCCGCGGCAGCUGGAGCGCGGGUUCGUCUGGGACUUCUUCUAUCUCUCUGCGAGGCGCGAUGAGAAGCCACGGCGGGUUGUUGAGGAGUUGGCUGAGCUGGAGACUGUUGACUCAGGGAUGAAGGAGGACUUCAAUGGGGGGUUGAGUCGGGGGAUGAGCAUGAGGCAGAGGCAGAUUCUGGAGACGAGGCAAUGGAGUCUUCGGAGGGGGGCCAAUGUAGUAGUUUAG